CUAUAUCUCGCCUACGUCACCUCAAGGCGUAAUGACAAAUUCCUGGGCCCGGCGGUUAUGAUUUAGUGUAUAGGCGCUAAACACAGUGUGUGGCGUACUUUGUAAAACAGAGGACUUAUCGGGACUCAGAAACAGAUUAACAGAUUCAAGAUGGCAUUACUUUGGCAUGAAAUAACACAAGCUCUUGUUGUUGCUGCGCUGCUUCUAAUUGGGGCGGAUGAGGUAGACAGUAGAGUUUGUAGCGGUAUAGACGAACCAGAGUUUCUACAUGUUUACAACGUUUGGCAGUUUCGGGGAUGUACGAAGAUUGAAGGGAGCAUACGAAUCGUUCAGACUACAUUUGACGGAGACGUGUACUACAAUCGACCUGGUCUUCAUCCUGACGCCUUGUGGGCAUUCUCAGAAGUAAGGGAGAUAACUGGCUUUUUACUGGUGCAAGGAAAGCAUCCUCAUUUCCAUAAUCUGGAUUAUUUCAGAAACCUGGAAAUCGUGCAAGGAAAAGAACUCUCUCCGACGUUUUCGUCAACAGUCAAUAUCAUGGUUACGUCCGUGGAAUCGCUUGACUUUUCCAGUCUUCGAAACGUGUCCAAUGGUAACGUGUUGAUCUACGCCAACCCCAAUCUCUGUUACGUCAGAGCUGCUAACUUUGACUACAUCGUCCAAAGAGCUGACCAGAAAGUCAUCGUGAAAUCAAACGCACCCCGAAGACAAUGUGUUUUGUCCCACAGAACGUGCAGUUCUAGGUGUGGCCGUGGGCUGUGCUGGGGAAGGGGACUCAGAAACUGUGUCCGCAACUUCCAGGAAUCCAACGCUCUUAUUGACUUUAUGGAUAAUAACUUUCUUUCUGGAUAAGACCUGGAAGCUAUUUCCGGUUUCCACUAAAUCAGAGAGUAUGGAAGUGCCAUGCUACUUAGCAAUACUUCCGCGGCAUUUUUGAUUUCAAACCUAACCAGAUCUUGGUUUCCGCGAACUGGCUGUGUUCGGGAGUCAAAUGAAUAUUGUCAGUUUAGUAGGUUUUUUCCUGGGUUCUUCCAGCAUGUCUUUGACAACAUUCGUCAAGUUUAAACAACAUUUCCAGUCUCCUGAAAGGCUGUCAGAAUGUUUAUCAGUGGUCGGCCACAUAACAUUACCACACGGAUGGAUACGUUGGUCAACACAUGACUAUUUGUGAUGAAGCGACAUUCCACUAUCUACCUAUGUGAAUACGAUUCUGUUUAUAAACAGACUAUGGUGUUUAGCCUGAUCUAUCUGCGCUGGUUAUAUAUGCUGUAUCUGUGUUAGUCUGGUUUUGUAGCGUUUUAUGGCUGUUUUUCUGUUGAAGUCUUUUAAUUACGUUUUAGUUAUCACUAAAAUACACUUAUCAAGGUAUCAGGAUGUACAUUCUGUAUGGCAAAAUUAAAAGCGUUGUGAACAGAAAAUAC